ACACGCUAGGCUACGUUACACAAGCCAUUAAAGGUCACACAGUAGAUAAUAGGCCAAUUGAGAUAGCGUGAUAUACAAAUUAAACGCGAGGGAAUCUGAACAUUGUUUUGCUUAGAAGCCGUUAAGUGUUUGCCAUGGUACUGUCUUUAGAUCGAUGGAUUGGAAAAGUUGCCGUUGUGACUGGGGCAAGUUCCGGUAUGGGCGCCGCCAUUACAAAGCGUUUGUUACGGGAGAACAUUAUUGUUGUUGGUUUUGCACGUCGAAAUGAGGAAAUCAAGCAGUUGAGUACCUCCGAUAACCUGCACGCGUUACAGGUCGACGUGACUAAAGAAGAUCAGGUUGUAGGAGCGUUCAAGUGGGUAAAAGAGCAUUUGGGACCGAUUCAUAUUUUGGUUAAUUGCGCGGGUAUAGUUCGUUUGACUAAUUAUUUAGAUGGUAGCGUGGAGAUGUGGAGGGAUAUGAUGGAGACCAACUAUAUCGGAUUGUGUAUCGCCACGAGGGAAGCUGUGAAGGAUAUGCGUGCGAAUAAUGUAGAUGGGCAUAUCAUUCACAUGAACGACAUUGCCGGGUACAAAAUGAUUGGCGUGGAACAUUUGAAUGUGUACUGCGCGUCGAAGUAUCCAGUGACCGCCGCAGUUGAAGGGCUAAGGGUUGAAUUGAACGGCAUAAAAAGCAAAAUUAAAGUUUCUAGUAUAAGUCCUGGAUAUGUUAGCACACCAAUUUUUGAUGCAACCCUGCGGAUCCAACCGGAAAUGGCAGAUUUUGUGAACUCGUUCGAUGAAGCUACCGUCUCUCUUGAUACUGAAGAUAUUGCCGAUACUGUCGCUUACUUGUUAUCAACACCUCCACAUGUUCAGGUUCACGACAUCACCAUUAGACCCAUAGGUCAAGAUUUUUAAGGAUACAUUUAUCUAUGUAGAAUGCAGAGCAAUAAAAAUAGAUUAUAUUAAAUUAAAUACGAUGGCAA